CGCUUGGGGUGUUUCUGAGAGUCGCUUGGGGUGUUUCUGAGGGUCCCCCAGGGUGUUUCUGAGAGUUGGCUCGGGGUGUUUCUGAGAGUCGCUUAGGGUGUUUCUGAGGGUGGCCCAGGGUGUUUCUGAGAGUUGGCUCGGGUGUUUCUGAGGGUCACUCGGGGUGUUUCUAAGGGUCACUUGGGGUAUUUCUGAGGGUCCCUUGGGGUGUUUCUGAGAGUUGCUUGGGGUGUUUCUGAGGGUCCCCCAGGGUGUUUCUGAGGGUUGCGCCUGGGUGUUUCUGAGGGUGGCCCGGAAUGUGUCUGAGAGUUGGCUUGGGUUGUAUCUAAGUGUCCCCCAGGUUGUUUUUGGGGGUGACCCAGGGUGUUUCUGAGAGUUGGCUCUGGGUGUUUCUGAGGGUCACUUGGGGUGUUUCGGAGGGUCGCUUGGGGUGUUUCUGAGAGUGGCUUGGGGUGUUUCUAAGGGUCCCCCAGGGUGUUUCUGAGGGUUGUGCCAGGGUGUUUUUGAGGGUGGCCCGGAAUGUUUCUGAGAGUUGGCUUGGGGUGUUUCUGAGGGUCGCUUGGGGUGUAUCUAAGGGUCCCCCAAGGUGUUUCUGAGGCUUGCCCUGGGUGUUUCUGAUGGUUGCCCCAGGGUGUUUCUGAGGGUUGCCUCUGGGUGUUUCUGAGGGUCGCUUGGUGUGUAUCCGACGGUCGCCCUUUUUUUUUUUGUGUUUCCCGGGAUGUUUCUGAGAAUUGUAUUUGGAGUUGUUUGGGGUGUGUCCUUCUGUAAAGCUCCAUUGCGAGUGUAAAAGUGCUAUACAAAUAAAUGUAAUUAAGAGUGUUUUUGAUGGUUGUAUAAAGUAUUUAUGGGGUUGUUAUUGUGAUUUGGAGUGUUUUGAGGGGUUUUUUUAGGGUCACUUUAGUCAUAUGGGUGUUUUGAAGGUUGUUUGUUGUGUUUUUAAGGGUAAAUGAUGUUCUUCAUUAAACCUGUGUCCGGUCUGUUGUGUGGAUUUCCUGCUGAACUACAGGUCGUGGACCAGAGUUGGGUUUGAUUUGUUUCCUCUCUGUAGGGUCAGUUAUUCAAGAACUCAUAAACUGAACCUUCAUCAGGGUCACAGGAUAACCCAUGUCAAUCUGAACCAAUUCAAUAAAACACUACAUUAUUCAUAAAACAUGGAGAUAUAUACCACAACAGAGCAUGUAUGUGUGUGUGUUUUAUGGGUGGAUCUUUGUGAAGUGUCAGCAGGAGUCUCUCUCUCUCUCUCUCUCUCUCUGUAUGUUUAUGUGUGUGUGUGUGUGUGUGUGUGUGUGAUGUGGUCUGCAGAUGUUGUAUGAACAAUGUGACCCCAAGGCAGCAAAACUCGUCCUCUCUCUCUCUCUCUAUUGUGUGUGUUCUGUGAGAUUUCCGUGUCUCACCGUGAGUCUGAAUUCAUCGCUUCAUCUCACGCUGAGUCUGAGCUCAAAACAAACUCGUUUCCAACAGGAUUCAGUCACAUGAUAUCAUGACAGAGAUCAUUCACAGAUGGAUGAAUCGGGGCUGAAUGAUUGUACUGGAGAACUGGACACGGGUGAUGAUAACACACAUUGUCUAGCAGGGAGAUGGUCCUACUGAUGAAGAACAGACUGCAGAUGAUAGAGAGCAACAUGGAGGACGUCUGACCCUUUCACCCUACUUCACCCUAAACCAGAAUGAUGAUGAUGAUGCUGUUUCCAUGUCAGAUGCAGAUCACAGCAGGUCUGUGCCAUCAACGCCGUUCUGCUCCGGACGAACCCAGAGAAGAUUCAGUGGAGUGGGUGGAGUCAGAGAGAGGGGAGGAGCCUGUGAGAGGAGGGGCAGUGUCACCCAAGUUGAAGUGGUUAAAGAGGUUAUUAAAGGCUAGGUUUGGUUGACGUCACAGAGUUAAUCCGUCCCUGAAGUUUGUGUGUGAGCGCAUGUGAUAAAGAGCAGCACAGGUGCAUUCGUUCAUCAGUCUCUCCUAACACAUCUCAUCCACAGGUAAGAAUCAAAUCUCUCAUCUGAUCUCAAUGAAUAAUAAUGUGAGUUUGUGUUUUAUGAGGAUUUUGUGAUUGAUAACAAAAGGAAUAUAUUUCUUUUAUUAAUAGACAUUAAAUGUAAAUGUUUAAUUCAGUGAACCAAAGAUUUAUUAGAUUGCAAUGCAUUCAAACAUUUAUUUUUAGUAUUAUAAUGCUGCACAGAUGUAAGUUUAUCAAACAUAUUUGAAUGAAUGUUUUGAUGUUGAAAAAUCAUUUGUAAUGCUUUACAGUAGGGAUAAGUUUGUUAACAUUAGUGAAUGCAUUAGCUAGCAUAAAGUAAUAUAGUUUUUCAGCAGUUAUUAUUGUUAGCACAUGUUCAUUAACAGAUACAACAUUUGAUUUGAAUAAUAUAUUAGUAAAUGAACAUGAACUCACAUGUUAAAUGCUGUAGAUGUGUUGUUCAUUGAUAGUUUAUGUUUACUAAUGCAUUAACUAAUUCAACCUUAUUGUAAAAUUUAACUUAUUUAUUAUAUUGAAUUAAAUGAUCUGAUGUGUUUCGUGAGAGUUUAUCAUACAUACAGUAACCUACAUAGAGAGAUCACAGAUCUGAGAUCAGAUUAAAACUCUUCUUAGAAACAGAGAAUCUGUGAGCAUCUGCAUUUCUAUAAGAGAGUGAGAUCAGACAUGAUCUGAUAGAUGAUCGUAUAAGACAUCAGUUUUUGUGUUGUACAGGAGUCACAAAAUCUGAGCCGUGAUGGGACGUAAGGAGAUCCAAUGCAGCUGGAAGAAAAUAACCAACAAUAUAAGAGACGUCUUUGAUUUUAAAGAAGUCCUGGGCUCGGGCUCAUUUUCUGAAGUGUUUCUGGUGAGAGAGAGAACGACUGGGAACUUUUACGCCCUGAAGUGUGUGAAGAAAAAACAGCUGCACAACUCAAACCUGGAGAAUGAGAUCAAAGUUCUGAGGAGGAUAAAGCACAGUAAUGUGGUGGGUCUGGUGGAUUUCUAUGAAACCCGCACACACUAUCAUCUGGUUAUGGAGCUGGUCUCGGGUGGAGAGCUGUUUGAUCGUAUUCUGGAUCGAGGUGUUUACACAGAAAAAGAUGCCAGUCAUGUGGUCAAACAGGUCCUGGAGGCUGUAUCAUACCUGCAUCAAAACAGCAUCGUUCACAGAGACCUGAAGCCGGAGAACUUACUGUACUACAGUCCAGAUGAAAAUGCUAAGAUCAUGAUCAGUGACUUUGGUUUGUCUAAGAUGUCUGAUCAUGAUGUGAUGUCCACAGCCUGUGGGACACCAGGAUAUGUUGCUCCAGAGGUUUUGGCUCAUAAGCCGUACAGUAAAGCUGUGGACUGUUGGUCUAUUGGAGUUAUAACAUACGUCCUAUUGUGUGGAUAUCCACCAUUCUACGAGGAGAACGAAACGCGACUUUUCUCCAAAAUAAUGAAGGCAGAAUAUGCGUUUCACUCCCCGUACUGGGACAACAUCUCAGAGUCGGCAAAGGAUUUUAUUCGACAUAUGCUGGAGAAAAACCCCAGUAAACGUUUCACAACUGAACAAGCGCUCGAUCACCCAUGGAUUAUCGGUGUGACAGCUCAGAAUGACAACAUCUAUCAGUCCGUCUGUCAACAGAUACAGAAAAACUUUGCCAAAUCCAGAUGGAAGCGAGUCAUCAAUGCGACAGUUGUAGUUCAGCACAUGCGACGGCUCCAGAUUGCUCAUGCGGAUCCCGUGGUCUCCACCCCACCGCCAUCGAUCGAGGUGAUGGACGUCUCGUCCGUCAGUCCGCCCGCAGACGAGCUGGACACCAAUGGCAACCUAUCGUGCAGUCACAUGAGCCUGUCUCCUCAGUGUGAUGUCAUCAUCAGGCGCGGCCCGCUGAAGGCCUGUAACAGUGAGCCGAUGCACGCCCUGGUCAUCAAUGAAAGCGGACAGCACUCGUAUCAUUCUGAAUCUGAUCUGGCCUGUGCCGCUGACAGAGCGGGUGCUGCGGAUGGGCGUGGUCAGUCUCUUCAGACCGGAGUCUGCUCGGUGAUGUAAUCAGCUGACUGGUGAAUGACAGCUGUCAGUCAAAUGAAGAUGAUAUCAUCCUGCUGUUAAAAGAUGGAUUUGUGCGGUGUUAUUUCUUUAAGGGAUUAUCUCCACAACAAACCCACAACUUGAAUCAAGAGUUACACAAGUGCCAACCACACACACACACACACACACACACACACACACACACACACACACACACACACACACACACACACACACACACACACACACACACACACACACACACACACACACACACACACACACACACACACACACACA